CGUAAACUACUUGACACAAGUCUCGGAUUUGCUGGAGGAGUGAUGGCGGCUGCUUCAUAUUGGUCACUUCUAGCUCCUGCAAUAGAAAUGGCUGAAGAUUCAAAACUUUAUGGACAAAAUGGACAAUAUGCUGUUGUUCCUGUGGCUCUUGGAUUUUUAAUUGGGGCUCUUUUUGUUUGUGGGACCGAUUUCUUCAUUUCAUCACUUGGUGUACAUUCACCAAACCUCAUUUUAGCAUUGUCAUCUGAUGACAUGUCUCGUAAGGAAAAGGAUGACAGGAAUCCUUUGUUUUAUGACACACAUCAUAUGCAAACCACAGAAACAACAACAAUUGAAGGAUUUGGUGAGGUGCUAGCAAAUUCAAAUCCUGUAUCUAGAAGAAGAACAGCAAACAGUUCAGUACAUCAAGAACUUUACAAUCCAGCGAACGGCGGUCACGAAGUAGCUACUAACCAUCGUAACAAGAGUCGGUGGAAGAGGAUAGUUCUACUAAUUGUUGCCAUUACUGUACAUAACAUACCAGAGGGCCUUGCAGUAGGGGUUGGGUUUGGUGCUAUUGGAAACUCACCAGCAGCAACAUUUGAAAAUGCAAGGAACCUGGCAAUUGGAAUAGGCAUUCAGAACUUCCCUGAAGGCCUUGCAGUCAGCCUACCUCUCCAGGCGGCGGGGUUCUCCACCUUUCGCAGCUUCUUCUACGGGCAGCUGAGCGGUAUGGUGGAGCCCGUGUUCGGCGUAUUGGGGGCGGCGGCGGUCACCCUCGCAGAACCGGUCCUUCCAUAUGCUUUGUCCUUCGCGGCGGGGGCCAUGAUAUACGUUGUUGCGAAUGACGUCAUACCAGAAGCCAACACCUGUGGGAACGGCAAGUACGCGACGUGGGGAGUCAUCUGGGGGUUUGUCAUUAUGAUGAUGCUGGAUGUCGGACUCGGCUAGCAGCGUUUCUCUUCAUCUCUUGUUACGCCUGAUUCUUAAUGGAACAUAACAUUGUUAGUCGUGUCGCUGCAAGGUUUUAGCUUCCAUUCUGACUUAACGUGGCGUAAUAUCACAUUGCAGCCCAUUAAGGUAUUACAAGAAGGAUCCAUUAAUCCAUUCACGUACUUUGACGGCUGUGAGACGGCGUAUCGUAGGGAUUACGUUAGCUUCUUUAUCGACUGUAAAACGUCAUCGGAAGAAAGUCGAAGUAGUUUAAUUAAUUGACAACAGAUGUCGUAGAUCUAUACCAAACUUCUGUUAAUAUUUAGAGAGAGAUGUUUCGAGUCUUAUGCAGGCAAUUUAAUGUAGUAUAUAAGAAGAUUCAAUCCACUCUGCGAACCAGGGUGCGUCAUAGCUUGUGUAGGAAGCCUUGUGGGAAGAUAAGUCCUGUGUAUGUAUGUAUGUUUCGAUUUCCCACCGAGUUAUGAUUGUGAGACGUACUUUGAAAACAGAAUCUAGUAACUUUCUAAUGAUGACGUAACGUUCUACGGCACCAGCUGAUGAUGACGUGCCCUCGUUCAUACAGUGGAUGUAGUAUAGAAGGGCCAGCUGCUUAAUUACAUGGACAGGCAAACUAGUUCUGUUUUCGUCUUUCAUAUUACUAUAUUUGAGAGGAAGAAUUCUCAUAACGUUUGCACCGUAACUCCAGACUUGAAAAAAAUAUUUUAGAUCUGAUGUUAGGCAAUUUUAGGCGUUUGUUUCUAUAGACAGUGGCUCCCUAACCUUUCCAGGUUACAGACCACACCCUCGAGGGGAACAACUUGAAAGCUUGAUUUCAUAUCUUCAUUCGAACAAGGAACAAUACUAGCGGAGAAUAUGAUAGCUUGAUCUGCGACUCUCAACAAAGAGCGAUAGUAGUAGUAGUAGUAGUAGUAGUACAAGUAACCAUUGUUAAAUCAUACCAAUCAGACAUCAGCUAACUUCAUGGAGCUGAGCCCUUCUUGAGAAGCCGCCAGUUGUGGAGCUACUCAAAAAUUUCCCAG